AUGGCAACAUCUAGUACAGCUGGUGAUUCAAUAGAUUCGACUGGAUCUAAUAAUAUAUGGGCUCAAAAGGCUAUUUUAGAUAAGCGAUUCCAAAAAUAUCUUGAUGAAAUAACUCCAUAUCCAACUUACAGAUGGAUAUCUACAGUAGUUAUACUGUUACUUUUCAUACUUCCGUUUUUACAACCUAAAUUUGAUCCUUCUUUAGAGAUGGAUAUCGCAGAAUCAGAAGUUGAAGAAGGUCCUUCCUUGCCAACAAAAGCCGAUGAAGAAUUCAAACCAUUUAUACGUAUUCUUCAACAAAAGCAAUAA